ACAGUUUGAUCAGCUGAUUUGUUGUCUGUAAGUUAUUAACAAUUUAAGUUUCUUUUGUGAAGGACUAUAGCAGUGAUAAGAAAAAUAAGUAAGAAUUAGCGCAUUUUAAUAAAUUUAAUUAGCUUCAAAGUUUAUUCAAGAUGUUCAUAUGGAAUACAUAGUUUCACAUGAUGUGGAAAUGUGAUGUGUUUCCUAGAAUUAUUGAUAAUACUCUAAAAAUGAACAAUGUUCACUGAUAAAAUCUAAAAAUGAGUAACUCACGUAAUGCAGCACCUUCGAGUGCUUGCUAUCUGGAUAAAGAAAUGAUUGAAAGUGAUUCUUUAGCAGUAAAUGAAGGAUUCAAACCCAAGAAACUUUCUUCUGGAUCAUUAAGUGCUACUGAAAGUGUAAGACCAAAAAUGGUUACAGUUAAACAUCCUGAAUCAAACAAACCAAAGCCUACAAUUAAGAAGAAUAAGCCAAUUCAAGCUGAUCUUGAUGUAACUAAAGAAUUUGUGAGAUGUAAAGAAGAAAGUUUAACUCGCUUGGAUUUAAGUAAAUCUAACAUUACCAAUUUACCAGCGACUUUGAGGGACUUGAAUCAUUUACUGGAGUUGUAUUUAUAUGGAAACAAGCUGGUGUCUUUGCCCCCAGAAGUCGGCUGCCUGGUGAGUUUGCAAACACUUGCUUUAAGUGAAAAUUCAUUAACAGCACUACCAAACUCUUUGGCCAAUUUAAAACAUUUGAAAGUCUUAGACUUACGACAUAAUAAGCUUAAUGAAAUACCUGAGGUGGUAUAUAAGUUGACAUCACUAACAACAUUGUUUCUGAGGUUUAAUCGAAUUAAAUAUGUCGAUGAGGAUAUUAAAAACCUAACAUCUUUAACCAUGUUAAGUCUGAGAGAAAAUAAAAUAAAGUCUUUACCAGCUGGCAUAGGCAAUUUAGUUAAUUUAGUUACAUUUGAUGUAUCUCAUAACCAUUUGGAGCAUCUUCCACAAGAGAUCGGAUGUUGUAUCAAUUUGUCAACUCUGGAUUUGCAACAUAAUGAAUUACUAGAUAUACCAGAUACUAUUGGGAACUUGAAACAGUUGACAAGAUUGGGGUUGAGAUACAAUCGUUUGGUGUCAAUCCCUCAAACAUUGAGCAAAUGUAAACUAAUGGAUGAGUUUAAUGUCGAGGGCAAUUCAAUAUAUCAUUUGCCUGAGGGUUUGCUGUCGAGCCUAAGUGAAUUAACAAGUAUUACUCUUUCACGUAAUAAUUUCUCGGCAUUUCCUACUGGGGGUCCUUCCCAAUUUAUAAAUAUCCACACAGUCAAUUUAGAACAUAAUCAUAUUGACAAAAUACCAUAUGGAAUAUUCUCCCGUGCCAAACAUUUAACUAAAUUAAAUAUGAAAGAAAAUCAACUGACAUCUUUACCAUUAGAUGUUGGUACUUGGACAAGCAUGGUGGAACUUAAUUUAGGAACUAAUCAGCUAACAAAACUUCCAGAUGAUAUUCAAUGUCUUCAAAGCUUAGAGGUAUUAAUAUUGUCCAACAAUCUUCUAAGAAGAAUUCCAUCCAUGAUUGGAAAUUUAAGAAAACUACGCGUGUUGGAUUUGGAAGAAAAUCGUAUUGAACAAUUGCCCAAUGAAAUUGGUUUCUUAAAAGAUUUACAAAAACUCAUAGUUCAGUCUAAUCAACUCACCGCCUUGCCAAGGGCCAUUGGUCACCUCACAAACUUGGUAUUUUUGAGCGUUGGAGAAAACAACUUAUCCUAUUUGCCGGAAGAAAUAGGAACUUUGGAAAACCUUGAAUCACUGUACAUCAAUGAUAAUCCUUCGUUACAUCAUUUGCCCUUUGAACUUGCUCUCUGUUCAAAUUUACAGAUCAUGAGUAUUGAAAAUUGUCCGCUGUCUCAAAUUCCACAAGAAAUAGUUGCUGGCGGACCUUCCUUGGUCAUACAGUAUUUAAAAAUGCAAGGUCCCUAUCGUGCAAUGUAAUAAUUUGUUGGCAUUUAUGUCUUUUCUCGUCUAAGGAAAAUAUAAACAACUACAAGUGUGGAAAUGCUUCAAUGUGAAUUUCAUUUUUAUGAAAAUCAGUACCAGUGGUGUGAAGUUAAUUGUAUUAUAAUUACAGAAUAGUUAAGACGCACAAAUUUAUAAAUUAAUAGAUUAUUAUUUAAAGAGAAAAUAUUAAAUUCAACAUGACUUAUUUUUAAGUACGUAUUUUGUUUAUUACAAGCAUGUGACAUUUUGGCUUGAAUGUAAAAGAAGCAUUAUUUUACAUAAAAUGUGAUGUAAUGGAAUCUCUCUCUCUCUUUAUAUACAUCUAUAUACGUAUAAAUAUAUAUUUUAAAUCAUUUUUGUCCCCAAAAAAGUGCUUGUUGUAAUCUUUUUAUGAUUUCUUUUGAUUUAGUAAUAAUAUUAAAAAAGAUAAAUGUUGUGGUAUUUAAAAUAAGAUUGAAGGUUUUCAUAUUAUUUUAAAUUGCUAUUGAUAGCAUCAAAUUAUUUAUUAUUUCCAAUGUGACAUAUUUAGCUUUAAAAGAGAACCUAAUGUAGGAAAAAGUAUAUAUAAAUUCCAUUAAAAAUUGAUUAUGUCGUUUACAAAGAAAAAUGUUUAUAAAUGUUUAAGGCAUCGUUUUGUUAAAAAUGUUACGGAAAUAGCAAUUUUAAAUACUUUAAUAAAUAAGGUGUAAAAGUACUGUUCUCGUUUUCUUUCUUAUAACUGUUAAUUUCACUUUUGAGUGAGUAAAAAAAAUAUAGCGAACAGUUUAUAAAAAAAUGUAGCUAUUUUAUUGUGCUUUACAAUAUACAUAACAUGUACUUUUGUAAUGUUGUUUGUAUCACUAAUAGCAGUAAUAAGUAUAAAAACCUACACUUUCGCUGUUAUACUUAAAAAGAUUACUAUAUUUCCAUUUGUAUAAUAGUUAAUUUGUAAAUAUGACCAACAAAGAAGAACAAUUUAGUUAACUAAAAUUUCAACCACUAACAGAUAUCUUUUAGAAAAUUUUGAUAAACGCCAAAAUAAAAAUUGUACUUUAAAGGUAAAUUAAAUUUUUCAUACGUGUCAUUAAAAGUUUUACAAUCAGUCGAAUCGGUCACCAUCUUUUCUUGUGUUCGUCCAUCGAGACUCCGCCAGGU